UGGCAAUAAGAAACCUUUGUGUCAGUUUUGGCGUGCAUAGUUUAGCAAAGGUGAUCACUGUUGAGUCAUGAGUGCUGCCUCUUAAUGCCCCCCUAAAAAUUGAAUGAAAAUCUCUAACUUUCCUCGCUAAAAUUAAAGCAACAACAAACAAAGGAACUGUGAACAAUUUUCUUGUGUUACAUGCACUACACUACACUACACAAACUAGUAAUGCCAGUACACGCAACUCCCUUGAAACAUUUCUUGACAGCUUACCCUAUAAUGUAAAAAUUUUUGGACUCUGCAACGAAGUGACAGCUCAUUUUCUUUGUUUAUACUUCUUGUGUGGUGAUUUCUUUAAGCCUUUUGGGUUGGUUAUUGGGUCUGAACUCAUGCACGCCAUUAAGCAAUUUUUGGUUGUGGUGGCUUCUUCAACUGAUACCAAGAUGCUGUUUUCUGUUGCAGGUUUUCAAACUUCAACGGUAAAAAAAAUAUAGAUAUAUUUGCACAUUGUUUGUACUUGUCAAGUUGGGAACCUGAGAAAUUUAUUUUUAGAGUCAAGAGGUCUUAUUAAUAUGAAUCUUUAAAUAAAGGGAAGGAAAACAAAGAAACAGAGUAAUCAGAGUAAUCUUCAUAAAGAAAUGGUGAAAGAGUGAGGUGGAGUCAGAUUUAUGCUUGUGGGUGUCUUCAAUUUGUGAAUUGUUUAGUGCAGAGAGCCUGUUGGCUAUGUCCCCUGGGGUGAUUCAUUACGCCCGGGCUCCGUGGGCUUUGCCGCCGAUUUAGGCAACAACUAUUUCUUUGGUAUUCUUGUUAUAUAAGAGAUCCUUUCGUUAAAAUAUCGCUAAAUCCCAUCUUCUCAAUUAUCCCUUCAAACACACUCUCUCUCUUAGUCACACUUCCUGCCUCGGUUGCUGUCAAGAUUCGGUCAUACCUUCGUGGCGUAUAUCUUUGAGACCUUAUUUUAGAUCCUAAUUACUCUCACUGAAGCCUGAAUAGUCUGUUACAAUUCAGGAAUUCGGUCCCCACACCUGGUGUAUUCUUUUCCAAUUCAGGGAAUUUCUCCUCGAGUUGUGGUUAUGUAUUGAGAAUGUGUGGUAGUGAACAUAAGUCAUACGCUGUUUGAUACAGUAGUGAUCGAUUGAGUAGCGGGGAAGGUUUUCUUUUGGGGUGUUUUAGCAGAUUUAGGAUCUUUUGCUUGAUCAACAUGAAGUUUAUGAAACUUGGAUCAAAGCCAGAUUCAUUCCAGACAGAUGUGAACAAUACAAGGUAUGUGGCUAAUGAGUUGGCAACUGACUUCAUCAUUAAUGUUGGGGAUGCAAAGUUUUUACUGCAUAAGUUUCCUCUUUUGUCAAAAAGUGCUCGCUUGCAGAAGUCAGCUGCAACUGCCAAUGGCAAAAACAUCAAUGAGGUUGACAUUUCUGACAUUCCUGGUGGUCCUGCUGCCUUUGAGAUAUGUGCCAAAUUUUGCUAUGGCAUGAUUGUGACCCUCAAUGCCUACAACGUUGUUGCAGCUCGAUGUGCAGCUGAAUACUUGGGAAUGCACGAGACCAUUGAAAAAGGGAACCUCAUUCAUAAAAUUGAUGUUUUUCUUAGCUCUAGCAUUUUUCACAGUUGGAAAGAUUCAAUCAUUGUUCUGCAGACCACAAAGUCACUGUUUCCACUAUGUGAAGAACUGAAAGUAAUGAGUACCUGCGUUGAUAGUGUAGCUACCAAGGCCUGUGUUGAUACUUCAAAAGUUGACUGGUCUUAUAGCUAUAAUCGGAAGAAACUCCCAGAGGAAAAUGGAAAUGAUCCAGAUGCGAAUGGUAUUAGAAACCGGUCAGUGCCAAAGGAUUGGUGGGUUGAGGAUUUAUGUGAUCUUCAUAUUGAUUUGUAUAAGCGUGUUAUUAUGACAAUUAAAAGCAAGCAAAUACUUCAUAGUGAUGUGAUUGGAGAAGCCUUGAAAGCUUAUGCAUAUAGAAGAUUGCAAGGUUUAAGCAAGGGUACAAUCCAGUGUGGAGAAGCAAUGAAAUACAAAUCAACAGUUGAUACAAUCGUCUGGUUGUUGCCUACUGAGAGAGGCAGCGUAUCUUGUAGUUUUUUGCUGAAGUUAUUAAAGGCAGCCAUUUAUGUAGACCUUGGGGACACAAAGAAAGGACAGAUAAUCAGGAGAAUAGGAUGGCAACUAGAGGAGGCCUCUGUGCAUGAUCUUUUGAUACGAGCAACAGAAGGGGAGAGUAUGAUGUAUGAUGUUGAUACAGUAAAGAAAAUAGUGGAAGAGUUUCUAAUGCAAGAUCUAAAUGCUGAGGUCGAUUCAUUGGAAGAAGAAGGCCAUGAGAUACAGGAGAUGAGAAAAUCUGGGAUUUUAUCAGAUGCUUCUAAGCUUAUGGUGGCAAAACUGAUAGAUGGGUACCUGGCUGAAAUUGCAAAGGAUCCAAAUCUACCCUCGUUGAAGUUUUUUGAGAUUGCUCAGAUGGUAUCUGGUACAGCGCGACCUGCACAUGAUGCUCUGUACCGCGCAAUUGAUAUGUUUCUCAGGGAACAUCCAGGGAUCGGCAAAAGUGAGAGGAAGAAGAUAUGCAAGUUAAUGGACUGCAAGAAGCUAUCAGUUGAUGCAUGCAUGCAUGCAGUGCAGAACGAGAGAUUGCCAUUGCGGGUUGUUGUUCAGGUACUCUUUUUUGAGCAGGUCAGGGCAGCUGCCACAUCAGGGAGUAGCACUCCUGACCUUCCUAAAGGUCUUAGGGACCUAAACAACGGAUCUCAUGGGAGCUCGAGGUCAGCUGUCACUAAUCCAGAGGAAGAUUGGGAUGCUGUAGCUACAGCUGAGGAGCUCAAGGCGCUGAAGGCAGAAAUAGCUUCCUUGAGAUUAGGAAAUGCAGAAAGAAAUGGAGGCGAUGGUAAAAAUUGCACAGAUAAGGCCACAACUAACAAACUGAAAGGUUUGCUCAAGUCAAAGAAGAUCUUUACAAAACUUUGGUCAAGUAAAGGAGAAAAGAGUGAAAACAGUGGCUCGGAUUCAUCGGAUAGUCUUGGUUCUGCUAACCCAGAAGAAGCUAAGUCUACACCCUCCAGAAAUAGAAGGCAUUCUGUUUCUUAGUAGUAAUAACUUGCAUAGAGUAGUUUUUCUGUCUGAUUUUUUGGGUUCUUUUAAAGUUUAAAUCAAUGGUAUUAACUCAGAAAAGUGUAGUGUUAUUCUAAUUGAGCAAGAUGAAGCAUAUAUAGUUUUGAAGAAGAAUUUUAUAUAUAUUACAGAUAUCUAAUGUGAGAGUAGUUACAGUUGCAGUGA